UCUCUGUACAGAGAACUGGGAAUUGGGCACUAGUUGGUAGUUAUGUUAUCUUUCAUAGUUGAAUUGAAUUAUCUGAACUCCAUUUUUAUUUCCGAUUUACCUCAGUAAACAACUAUGGCUGUUCGAAAACGAACCUACUCUUCAGGCUCUGAUGCCUCCGAUAGAUUUAUCUCAAUCAAUGAACGGCCUGUGGAUGACAUUUCUUUGGAAUUCUUUUAUAAACCUCAUACAAUCACGCUGCUGAUCGUUACUAUAUCUGUGCUGAUCUACUUUGCAUUUACAAGGGAUGAAAAUGAGAGCAUCCAAUCCAACAUACAAUCUGGUUUGGUGGCAAUGGUUUUCUUCUUUCUCAUCAUCAGUGUCAUGGCCUUCCCCAAUGGCCCAUUUACUAGACCACACCCAGCUAUUUGGAGGAUGGUCUUUGGCCUCUCCAUUUUAUACAUGCUACUUCUGCUUUUCAUUAUCUUCCAGGACUACAAAACAGUGCGCAGUAUGUUUGAAUGGUUUUUCCCAGAGCUGAAGAAUUUUACAAUUGACAUGGAUAAGGGUGAAUGGGGACAGAAAUGUGAUGACCUUUCCUUUGGGCGACUGUGGGAGAGCGUCGACUUCUUCUGCUUUGCACACUUCGCAGGCUGGGCCAUGAAGACCCUCCUUGUACGCCAUUAUGGAAUCCUUUGGACCAUCUCCGUCAUGUGGGAAAUCACAGAGGUUGCAUUCUCACACCUUCUUCCAAACUUCAUUGAGUGUUGGUGGGAUGCCAUCAUCCUGGAUAUCCUGUUGUGCAAUGGCCUCGGUAUCUGGGUAGGAAUGCAGUUCUGCCACCUAAUGGAGAUGCGAUACUACAACUGGGAGAGCAUCAAGGACAUUCAAACCACAACGGGCAAGCUGAAACGAGCAGUUUUACAGUUCACCCCAGAGUCAUGGACAGCUAUGAGAUGGCUUGACCCAGCCUGCACAUAUAUGCGUUUUCUUGCUGUUUCACAGCUGGUGGUAUUCUGGCAGCUGUCAGAGCUCAACACAUUCUUCCUGAAGCAUAUAUUUCAGAUGCCACCAAGCCAUCCUUUGGUCUUCAUGCGGAUUUUCUUGCUAGGAGCUAUGUCAGCCCCAACCAUAAGGCAAUACUAUAGCUAUGUGACAGAUCCUCGGUGCAAGCGAGUAGGCACACAGUGUUGGGUGUAUGGACUCUGUAUGUGUAUAGAGUCACUUAUCUGUAUCAAAUUUGGUGCCGACAUAUUCCAGCAUACACAAAUACGUAAUAUUAUUGUAUGGAUUCUAAUCCAAGCUGCUGGAUCUGUCAUGUGUGUAUACCUAUGUGUCACUCAUCAUAGGUGGCAGCGCAAGCGACAAAUUAGGGUGGAUGAUUCGUUGGAUGAUGACACAGAAACAGACUCCAAGGUGUCUUCCUAUAUACAGUCACUACCUAGAAAGCAAGUAACACUUAGUACUCCAGAGGAUGAAGACAGUGAUGAUGAAGCAGAAGGCCCAAUGAAGGUACAGCGCAGGAAAAAAAAUCCUCCUUUGCGGCGCACUAACAGACUGGAACAAUGAUUUACAAAUUUGCAAAAGCUGAAAUCAGACAUGUGUAAGCCUAUUUGGUUACUAUGAAAAAGAGAUGUGCAGUAAAUUGUUCUAAUGGUAUUUAUGAGACAUGACUACGUCUCAUAUUAUUUCUAGCUGAAACAGAUUGCUUGAAAUUUAAAAGAGGUACUAUAGUUAUUAUUUUUUAAAUCUGCUAUUGUCAGUAGUUUCUAUUCAAAGUCCCACACAGUUAUGGUGGUCCUUAAUAUAAAAAAAAAAAAUUCAUGUUGAUGAAGAGAAGGUGCCUUUUGAGUGAGGUGUAUAAACUGAUGCUGCAAGUACAAUCAAAAAGCCAAAGUAUGGUUUAUGAUUUUGUAUGUAUAGUAUUAACCCAGUGCUGUAUAGAUUAGAAAAUUCAGGAUUUACAUGCUUUUUGUGUGUGUAUAUAAUGUACCAGAUGCCAAAAACAAAGAUGGAGAAAUAUGUAAUAUAAAAAAUUGUGUAACUUACAAAAUGCUAUGUUUGUCAACUUUAAAAAAAGAAAGAGUUAAGUAAAUUCAGGCAGUCUUUAACCUGUUGCACCUGGGGGCCUAAACUAUAGAGGUGGUUAGCAUAUGGGCUUUUUCCAAUUCAAGUACCCAUUAGCAAUUUUAUGUAAUGCUAGUUCACAUUUUCAGUCAUUUCCCAUUAGAUGUUUCUGGUGGAUCUGUUUACAAAAGUAUAUUAAAGUAAGACAUUUCAGUCAGUUUUGUAAGGCUCUGUCUGUGUAUGGAGAUGCAUAAUGUACAUUUUUUUGUAUUUUAUUGCCCCUUGAAGAACAUAGUCAAAACCAUAAAGAAUAUCAACACAA